CUUUAAGCGGCUAAAGGAAAGGAGAGAAGGGUCGGAGCCAUGUAUUAGAAAAGUUGGUGGUGGACAAUACGUCAUCUCCGUCUUCAGUUUCACCUCUCGGGAACUGAGAGCCUGGUUACUGGAGCUUGAAUUGUAACUGAAAGAGAAGCAGUCGCACUUGGCUGCUCGAGGCCCACUCAGCGGCAACGCCUGUAUCUCGUCUCGGAAUGCAAAUCCGGAGGCUUUUAUAUUGAUGAAGCGACCCAUUUCUCCUCAAUCCAAUCCUUGUUUUUCGUCUUAUCCUUCUCCGGCUCAUGGCUUGUUUAAGCGAUGAGAGUUGGGAUUCUCUUCCCAAGAUGCUAUCCAAAAGUGUGUCUAUCAAAGAAGACGGGGAGGAAGAAACCAACGCUUGUGAGUUUCCGUUCGAGAAGGUUUUUCCAGUCUAUGCAAUAGGGAUUCCGAAGCCCGAUUCCGACUUUGUCCUCUCCUUCUCCAAUUCGGGUGCCGACCCGAUUUGGGACACUGUCAGAGAAGAGGCCAAGUUGGAGGCAGAAAAAGAGCCAAUUCUGAGCAGCUUCUUAUAUGCUAGUAUAUUGUCCCAUGAUUGUUUGGAGCAAGCACUGGGAUUUGUUCUUGCUAAUCGUCUUCAAAAUCCUACUCUUUUGGCAACUCAGCUAGUGGAUAUAUUUUAUGAUGUUAUGAUGAGUGAUAAAGCUAUCCAAAGAUCAAUUCGCCUUGAUGUGCAGGCAUUCAAGGAAAGGGAUCCUGCUUGUUUGUCUUAUAGCUCAGCUCUUUUGUACUUUAAGGGUUACCAUUCUCUGCAAUCAUAUCGAGUGGCUCAUGCCUUGUGGACGAAAGGACGCAAAGUAUUGGCACUGGCAUUGCAAAGCCGGAUUAGUGAGGUUUUUGGAGUUGACAUACACCCUGCUGCAAGAAUUGGGGAGGGGAUACUGUUGGAUCAUGCAACUGGUGUGGUUAUUGGGGAGACUGCUGUUGUAGGAAAUCGUGUUUCAUUGAUGCAUGGUGUCACGUUGGGAGGUACUGGUAAAGAAGUUGGUGAUCGCCAUCCAAAGGUAGAUGAAGGUGCACUUCUAGGGGCCUGUGUGGCUAUUCUUGGGAACAUAAGAGUAGGUGAGGGUGCAAUGAUAGCAGCCGGUUCCCUUGUGUUGAAGGAUGUUCCUCCACACAGCAUGGUUGCCGGAAUACCAGCAAAAGUGAUUGGAUAUGUUAACGAGCAAGAUCCAUCUCUAACGAUGAAACAUGAUGCUACCAAGGAAUUUUUUGAACAUGUAGCUGUUAGUUAUGGAGGAAAGUCCACAGGAAUUUUGGAUCCGAAAAAUACAGAGCGGAGAAGUUGAGAGUUGCAUACAAGAAUAGAUAUCUUCUGCAGAUUUAGUUUGGCUGUUCUCUUUUUUUGGAUAAAAAUUUUCUGUUCACUUGGUGAAAAAAGAUAUGCAUUUUCAUUUGAGAUAGAACAAUUUUCCAGAUAGGAAAACAAAAAGUGGGAGUAGUUCUUAUGGGGCAUUGGUCACUUGUGAUCCCUUUGUAUUAUAGAGCAAGUGUUCAGAGGUUCUCUCAAACAUUGUCUUAGUUGGAUGUUCACCCCUUUUUUUAAGGGUAUAGAUUCGAGUUAUGGAUUGUGCAAUCUUUAUUAUACAGUAACCGAAAAAGAAAAUUGAUGUGAA